GAAUUACGCACGACCGCAAAUUCUGUAUUGCGACAUGCCGGAAAACGGGUUGAAUGAGAUGCAAUACUUGUUUGGCUCUUGUUAAAAGAGAAACUGUGACAUCAGGCGUCUUACCACGGACUUGUCCACAGAUCCUGCCCCAAAAAAGCGAUGCUGGUCACCGUUUUCUGCGCGCCGAGGGAUCGCCCAGAAACUACCUUCGCCCUCGAUGUGUCCCCAGAGCUGGAACUGAGAGACUUCGUAGCACUUUGUGAGCUGGAAUCAGGAAUCCCAGCAGGGGAAAUCCAGAUCACAUAUGUUGAACAGCCCCUAAAAGACCUCACUCGUGCCUUGGGGACAUACGGUGUAAAGGAUGGAGACGUGGUGGUUCUCCGGCAAGCUGACAGAAGGCCACCAGCGGCUCAGCCCUCCUUCCCAGGUCUGCCCCGUAUUGACUUUCGUUCCAUCACAGUCCCAGGCACCUCUUCUUCAGCCAAUCAACAUGGUGCCGUACGACCACAGCAACCGGCUCCACCGCAGCGUGCCGCACAGCCUUCCACGCCAAUGGCCUUUCGCGGGUCCUCUCCUCAGGGGAUGGACGACCCCGCCUUACUUCAGCAGAUGCUUUUAUCGAAUCCACACGAGCUAUCGCUCCUCAAGGAGAGAAACCCACCGCUCGCUGAGGCCCUGCUGAGCGGAGACUUAGAGCGUUUCACCAAAGUGCUGCUGGAGCAACAGCAGGAUCGAGCCAAGAGGGAGCAGGAGAGAAUCAGACUUUUGACCGCUGAUCCUUUUGAUUUGGAAGCCCAAGCAAAGAUUGAAGAGGACAUCAGGCAGCACAAUGUGGAAGAAAACAUGACCAUAGCAAUGGAGGAGGCCCCAGAAAGCUUUGGACAGGUGGUUAUGCUGUACAUUAACUGCAAAGUCAAUGGCCACCCUGUGAAAGCUUUUGUUGACUCAGGAGCCCAGAUGACCAUCAUGAGCCAAGCAUGCGCAGAGCGCUGCAACAUUAUGCGACUGGUGGACAGACGCUGGGCCGGGAUCGCCAAAGGAGUGGGCACGCAGAAGAUCAUUGGCAGAGUUCAUUUGGCUCAGGUCCAGAUAGAGGGAGACUUCCUUCCUUGUUCUUUCUCCAUUUUAGAAGACCAGCCUAUGGAUAUGCUGCUUGGCCUGGAUAUGUUGAAGAGACACCAGUGUUCGAUCGACCUGAAGAAGAGCGUCCUCCUGAUCGGCACUACAGGCACAGAAACUCGCUUUCUGUCUGAGGCGGAGCUGCCAGAGUGUGCCCGACUAGCGUACGGCACAGAGGGGCGUGAAGAUGCCCGCCCAGAGGAGCUGGCUGACAGAGAACUGGCAGAGGCGCUUCAGAGGUCCAUACAGGAAAGCGGUAAGAAACCGUUUAUGUGUGCACUUCAGGCUGUUUCUCAUUGAGCUUUUUUCCAGCUCAGUUGGAACUACAUUUGCAUGUGCCACUUAAAGCUUCUUACUCUCAACUCCAUUUAUGCAGUCAUCUAAAUUCUCAGUCACAUGAUCACUUCAUGUCAUCACCUCAGCAAGUUAAAUGUACCUCGGUAUAAGACGACAAGAGGCAGUCAGGCAAAUGAGAGCACAUUUAAAACAGAAAUAAGCUUUUUAGGCUUAAAACAAAACAAACUGAUGAAUGAAACAAAAUGAUUCAAACUAUAUAUACAUAUAUUUACCAUUUAUAAAGUUCACCAUCCUUACUGUCCAUACCGGGUCUAUUGUGAUCUAAAAAUACCUCUUCAGAUUAAGUUUUAGCGAAUCAUGUCCCUGAAAGUGCUUCCUCUUAUAGUGAGUUCAUAUAUGACAACUAAGAUUUGUCUGAUUAUGAUGUAGACUCCAGUGCAGAUGGAUAUGAGGAGUGUGAGAACAGAACUUGAAACCUCCUACGCAGACAAACGGAAAAAAACAUGUUGUGCCAACAGAAACGUAGGUGGGGAUUUAUAUGAACCAGAAUCUAUCACAGACCAAGAAAUAAUAGAUUCAUAAACAGGAUUAAAUGUUGCCUUAUCAUCUCGUUAUUGUUUAAAAUCUCCAACAACAUCUGUGUCUAACUAAAAGUUUUAAAAAGAGUCCUCUAAUUGUGAAAUAAAAUCCAUUUAAUAUACAUAUAAGAAAAGGUAUAGAGGAAAUAGUGCCAGUAAUAAACUGUAUCAAUUAAAAGACAGUUCAGUUUAAUGGGGAUUUCGCAACAUAGCGUGUUUCGCUGGUGUGUGGACAAUGGCUUAAAAUGCCUGCAGUGUUGACAUAACUAAUAAUAAAAGCAAUCGCUCCCAUUGAAUUUGUACAGUUACUUAACUUCACUAUGACAAAAUGUUAGCAUGGGAAACAUCAGUUAUGGUUAAUGGUAGCUUGUUGGUCCCCUGUCGUCUCACUUUGUGGACAGUGUGAAUUUGUCAACCACUUUAAUGCUUGCCGUUGGUCUAGCAACAGACCCGUUUUACAAGCGCUCUUUUAAAUUACCAUAACUCUCUUACUGUUUGAGCUAGACACAAAAUUCAAAGGGUUUUGGAAAGAAGAGAAUAUGAGCUUUGAUUCGGUGUAUCACAGUAGCACAAAGCAUUCACAAGGUAGGCCUGUCUGAACACAGACAGAGAAAUCAGCUCUAUCUAGAUGAAGAUAUUACAGUACAGUAACUCCUUAACUUGAGCUAGAGAGAAAAUUUAAAUGGUUCCUGAAAGAUGAGAAUUGUUUUGUAAUUUCACAGUAGUCCAGGCGACAUGUCUGAUAGUUGUGUGAUAAAGGGUUAAACUGUUCAUCAUUAGCUAUUCCAGCACCAAAUAAAUACUUUGGCAUCACUAUAGUGAAGUUUCUCCUUUAGGGUGUUGUAAGUUAGUGGAUUAUUACAUGACAACAUUUCUUGCCCAGCAACUUUUCUAAUGUAUAAACAGGUUCUUUUAAGAAAAUAUUGAAAUAUAAGAGUUUAAUUUAUUGGAAUUACAUCAUUUUUUGACAUCGCUCACUCCUACUUUAGAAAGUUACCAACACAGAUACAUUGUCAGUGGAAAGUGGCGCUUUUCCACCCAUACAGGACUCUUCAGUUUCCCCUUAAUACUCACAUUAUUAUUUGUGCAAGAGCCCCAUUAAGUCUUUGUUGUUGUUUCCAGUGAUGCCCAGCAAUGACUGGAGGUUAUUAAUGGACUUGAGUCAGGAGAGACAGUUUAAUCAGCCCACAGUUUUAACUGCUGAAUAACCCUUUGAAUUGACGUUUAGUGACGGGGAUGUACGCUGCAACCUCUUUGUCAGGACCUAGACCCGAGAAUUUUUAAAUUUAUUUAUUUAUUUUUGGAUGACACUUUUCACAUCUGUGUGUGAAAAGGCCGAUAGUUUGGUGCAUGCCCUGUGUGUGACUGCUAACUUUCUCCGUCCCUUUGCAUGAUGUGUGUGGUGUGUGCCCUAACCCCUGAGCAGGACAGCACUGAUGCAUUUGGAGACAGCUGGAGAGGGCCCUACCAACCAGGUACUGCAAAAUUCACAAGUCCAUUGCCAGUGCUAAGUCCAUUGCUAUUUGUUUUUUUUAUUUUGCUGUUAUUUUGCUGCUGGGUCAGGUAAUCAGUGUUGUACCUUUGUUGCUAUUUACUGAUGCAUUUAUUGUGAUUAUUUAUAUUUGAUUGAAUUAGAAUAGGAAAUUCAUUAUAAUUAAUAUUAAUGAAUAAUGAAUAAAGUAUGUUAGUAUAGAAUGCAUUGAAAAAUUUCGGUAAGAAACUAUGUAUUUGUGUUUGGUUCUAAAGCUAUUAAAUUGACAUUGUUCAAGUUACUAUCCCACACUGGGGUUCACAGUUUAAUUCCUAGGCAUAUUUUCUCUU